UCCAGGAAAUUUGAAGAGAUGAAGAAGUUGGGUUAAGGAAAAUUUAAUAUAUAAUGAAUCAGGAAAAAUCCUCUUGCACUCAGAGGAAAAGUCGGACCAACGUUUUUCUUAUUUUCACAAUUUUCACUAUUGAUUCCUUCACAGAUUACGUUCCGUUCACGAAAGACGUUUCCCCUACGUCCCAGGCCUCCUGGGAGUUCACCAGAUCCCAAAUCAACCGUGAUUUCAUCCCAUGGGGAAAUGGGAAUAGCGUGAAGACCGUCUUUUUCUGUAAUUUAAAUUAGAAUUUUUCGAUCAUCAAAAAUCAGCGAAAAAUGAUUGACAGUUGGAAAAUAACGAUAAAUAUCGAUCUCGAAAAAAGAUCUAUCCGCCUGAUUGACUAGGAUCUAUAACUUUUAUUAAUCGGUUUCUAAUCAGUUUUAUCUUCGAAUUAUCAGAGGUAGCGAAAGCGAACGUUGCGGUGGUCAGUUCCAUGGAGCGUCUAAAAUAGCCAUUAACCUCACUUUGGAAUUCCAUUGUCAACGGCUAUUUCAACACCAAUGCCAUCAUAUGAUCUUGACUGCAAUAAUUACACCAGAUAAACAUCUCAACAAAGAAAUUUAAUAACAAAGGAUAACUGAUCAGACAAAAAAUUCCAUGGAGGUCCCUUACGAGUUCCACCUCCGGCUGGAACGUCUGGCAAUGGUGCAGAUUUCAGCAUCUCUCUGGAAAUUGCCCUCAAUCCUGCAACAAAUGAAAACUUUCUUCACAAAAGAUCACGCAGGAGAGUUUCAACUCCUUCUCAUCCAAUACGUAACGGAGCUCCACCAGAAGGAGAACUGGGGUGUGAUAAUAUCCCACAUCACAUCAAUGAAGCACUCGUUUCUCCCGGUCUUCCUGAAGCCCUCAGUGAUGUACCUAGUGGAGCAGAUGGGGAUGAGAAUUUUCGAAUGGCUGCGCAGCGUAACAGCAAAACUCCUGAAGUACUCGAAGAUCGAGGACUACGCCCAGAACAUUGAAUACUUCAUCGAUAACAUUGAAUGGACAUCAAUGGGGACAAUAGACUCGAUACAAAUCUUCAAAAAUCGUUACGACAACCCCAAUAUCGAUAAAGAUUACUUCAUGUGGUUCGAGGCGUGCAACUACUGCCUGGAGGACUACGCCAAGAAUUUGUGGGCUCAGAGAUCCCCGGAAUCCAAACAGAAAACAAUAUCGAAGAUCAGUGGAACGAUCGACGACGAUUUCUGUCUUGUCGCCUACUGGCAAUCAAUAAUUGACAAAGUCCCAGAUAUCAAGCAACAGCUCUUCAUGAAAAAUGGAAGAGCUGUCAAUCGUCUCUGCAGUUCACGAGACUCAAUAGCUGUUGUCAUGUUCAAGCUUUCUGUUUAUUUAGGUAAUGAACACGCCGUGAGGUACUUCUGGAAUAUGAUGAGCUGUGAGGAGAGAACUAAGAAAGCCAUCACUGGGUGUGAGAUCAUCCUCGAGAGGAGGUGCACUUAUCCAUAUUGCUAUGCAACUUAUUGUAAAAAAUGCAGUGACAUUUUCUGCUUUCUUCUUCUUCAAAUGACACAUGAGGAGAGGCUUCAACUCAUUGCCAAUGAAUUUGAUAAGACAUACGAUCCAUUUAAUACCUGGAUUCUUUUGCUCAAUUGGCCUUGGGAGGAUCUCUUCGUGCAGACGUUGGAGAGAGCCUGGGGGUGCUUCUCCAUAUUUGAUUGUAAAUUCUUUAUUAAUAAGUUUGAGACAACUGUUUAUACUGUCGAUGAGAAUUACAAACUCCCGCAGACGAGCGUUUAUCAUAAGGAGAUUCUUUAUAAAGUUUGUAUGAGCAGUCCCAGAAAUCUCAGGCCACAUUUUACGAGCAGAUAUAAGCAACUGACCACUCCGCCGCCUGAGGUCACCAGGAAGGGACCUGAAAUCGUGAGGAAGCUUAGGCUCUUGAAAAAACCCAGGCUAGAAUUCCGGAGCAGGUGCAGGCAUAAGAAACUGAGAAUCGAGAGGCAGGAGUAAUUCUGGGAUGAAAAUUUAUUCAACAAUUUAUCUGACCUCGUCCAAAAAAAUUUAAUUGGGCGAGUUUAUUAUUUUUGAUUUUCAUUUCUCUUUUUUUGUAAGUUGGUGGAAAUUAUGUAGAUAUUUUUUUAACUGACAAUCACUGCCAAUAUUAAUUGUUCAAGCUAUUGAUGAAUGAUUGAUUAGUGAUAGAUAAAUUGAGCAUAUAUUGUAAAGAUUUUUGGGAGAAAUGUGUAGAUAUUCUUUGGUGGAAAUUUUAUUACCAAAGAGUGAAAUCAAGAGAUUUUUUUUCGGGGUGGAGAGAUUUUUUCAAUCUUUUUCGA